CCUGACAGUCAUUCCUAUGUAUUCUGCUACCCUUGCCUCCGUGCCGUCGUCGAUGGCUACGCUCACAACCAUAGGGAAGCAACAGCUGACGAUGAAUACGAUUAUGGGGGACUCAAUUGCAGGGGAGGUGGUACUGGGUAUCGCGAACAAUGUGAUUUUUGCUGGGUGGAUAACAACCUUGGAAGAGAUCCUGCUCAGUGUAUUGAGCCAGUCGAAGGAACUAAGUACUGGUGCAUUUGCCGUGCGAUGACUUACUGCCUUUCCAUCCUUGAAACAUAUUGUGAUGGCGAACUGGCGUUUGAUGGCGAUGAGGACGAAGAAGCGCUUGCUCAGCGAGCUUAUGACAAGAUUGUCGAAUGGAAACACCUCCUGAUUGACUACAUAGUGGCACACGGAGAAGAGUUGGACUCGAUUGAGCUUGACUAGUCAACCAGGUAGAAACAAUCAAACAUAUUGGACGAGU